CUGACUCAGUGGUUGGAGACUUCGUACACAAUGCUACUCUAUACAUUCAUCAGUGUUUGUGUUUUGGGGGUUGUUGCUGCGUCUUCUGAGAGGGUGUGGCACGCUGGAACGAAAAUUAGUGAGAUUGUCACUCGGGAGAAGGGUCGCCUUAGCUCAAGGGUCAGCUCCUGCGUGGACGACUUCAUCUUCCGCCCAGAAAGUGGAAUCUGCAACAACCUCAACAACCCAGGAUGGGGAGCGCCUCUACAGGACAUGAGGAGACUCAUCAAUGCAGCCUAUGAUGACUCUACAGGAAAACCUCGGUUGAAUGGUCUACCUAGUGCCAGGGCGGUUAGUGUUGGGUGUUUCUCCGCCGACAGUGACAGUAGUCUGGAGCCAACGUUGAACCAGCUUGUCAUGCAGUGGGGGCAGUUCAUGGCUCACGAUUUUGCUGGCACACCAAAGACAAAGAAAACUGGAUGCUGUACAGGAUUGGACAGCGACGGCAAGCAUCCCGAUUACGACUCUGAUGGGAAUUGCUUCCCUAUCGUUAUACCGUCCGGAGAUCGUUACUUUAACGAAUGUCUGGCAUUCACCCGCUCUGCAGCCUCCCCACAUAACACGUCACCUCGGGAACAGUUCAACAUCCUCACCUCCUACAUCGACGCCAGCACCGUCUACGGAGGCUCAGUUGAGGAGGCGGACGAAUUAAGAACCAAAUCAGAUGGUUUGCUGAAAACCACUUCUGGGGGCGACAACCUGCCAACUUCCGACAAGACGUUUUGCCUACAGAGAUCCGGGAAUAAGUGCCCGGAUGCUGGCGACUGGCGGGUCAAUGUCUUCGCUGGUCUGACAGCCACGCAUACGCUGUGGGUAAAGGAACAUAACAGGAUUGCAGGGGGUCUUGCCAAUGUACACACUGAAUAUGACGAUGAACUUCUCUACCAGGAAGCUCGCCGUAUUGUCAUUGCUGCCAUACAACAUAUCACUUACAAGGACUGGUUGCCUCUGAUCCUUGGAGACGAUUUCUACGAUGCUUUUGACCUCGGCACUACAUAUGCCUAUGACGCCUCCGUUGAUGCAGGGCUGUACAACAGCUUUGCUACUGCUGCUAACAGAUUUGGCCACUCUCAGCUCCGCGCAACGUACAAUGUGAAGGACCACGCCAAUCUCAAGAUCGAGGAUAUGUUCAUGGAUGUAGCCUAUGCAACUAAUGGCAUCAAAGAGGUCUUCGAAGGGCUCCUGGCGGCCAAGAAUCAGAAGGCCGAUGAGAAGUUUACUAAUGGUGUAACUGAUCAUCUGUUUGAGCACGUCCAGACUGUAAAUGGGGCUAAAGACCUCCUGGCCCUCAACGUACAGCGAGGCCGGGACCAUGGCCUCCCCCCCUACUCAGACUUCCGGGACAAGGCCAUCCAGUUCGCCACCGACAAAACGAUCACUAUUACAACACCAACAAACCCUUCAUGCGCUUCUUCUGUGUACACGGACACAAGCAAAAUCGACCUAUACGCAGGUGCUAUGAACGAGGCCCCUGUUACUGGUGGUGUGGUUGGUCCAACUUUUGCCUACAUAAUGGGACAGCAAUUUAGUGACAUACGGUCUGGUGAUCGAUUCUGGUACGAGACAACCAAUACAACUAUUGGUUUCACAGCAGAUCAACUAGCCGAGAUCGACAAAAUAACUCUGGCUCGUGUGAUCUGUACCAACACCGGCAUAACAUCCAUCCAGCCCGACGCCUUCAGCAUCCCAGACGCAACGUCUAACGGAGAAAUCAGCUGCAGCAGUCUUGGCGACAUUGACUUUUCCAUAUUUUAAUUGUCCUGACAAACUCUCCAGUAAUGUCAACCACUUAGAAUCCGGAAGAAAUAAAAAAUAUUUCAGCAGCAAA